AAUUCCUUAGUUUACAAUUAUUUUCGUGUUAAUUUUCUCUUCAGUAAGAAGAGUACUCAAAUUUAUCGACUUGAAAUUACAAUAGAAUAAAAUAUUGUCAGCAUUAUGUCUUAUAAAUUAUAUAUUUUUUUAUGUUUCUUAACACUGUGUGAGUCUCUUAGAAUACGGAGAGAGCAAGAAACAGGUGAGCUUACACAGGCUACUGAAAGCUAUGUAAUCUAUCACAACGGGCAAAACGUCUCACAAUUAUUAUUCUUGUACCUCAAUUCAAAGUUGAAAUCUUAUAAACUAGCUUAUACUACGCUGCAUUAUCAUUAUAUUUACGAUCAAAUCCGAAAUCAUUAUAAUGAGGUAGCUGAAUCCGAUGACAUUGAGGAUAUUUAUUAUAAUUUGGAAAAAUCAAGUCAAACUUUUAACAAUGAAGGAGACAGUAAUCAAGUUACGGAAUCGUCGAAAGCGAACAUUGUUGGAUUGAGUGAUCUUACACCCAGCUCACACGCUCAAAAAAUGAUACUUGUUAAUCCGAAUCAUCAUCCUUGGGUAUCUGCUCUUACUUUACUGGACUCAAUAUUGGAGUUUCCCAAGGUGAUUUUUCAAAGCGCAACGAAUUCCGUUACCAAUUUUCUUGGAUAGGAUAUCAAUAUAUCUCUAAAACAGUGGUUUGUAGUUCUAUAGUAGUAUUGUAGUUCUAUAGUAGUUCUAUAGUAGUUCGAUAGAAAUAUAGUUCUAUAGUUCUAUAGUUCUAUAGAAAUAUAGUUCUAUUAUACAUAGAUUUAUUAAAUUCGUAAUAACAAUAAUUGUAUAACAACAAAAGUGACCAAUGUUAUCUCAAAUGUAUUUAAAAUCAAUCUCUCAAAAGUUC